AUGACUAUCACAGCGUUGCAGUCCCGACAACCAGACAUUGACUAUGCGCCGAACCGACAAAAAUGGUUAGACCGCACAGAGCGUCGACUCAGGACGGAGAAGCUUAGUACAGAGAUGCCUACAGGCUUUCCUAAAAGACUUGAUUCUGAUUUGGUAUGGGAUGGUCAAACGCUGCCAGCCGUCUAUGACUGGACAUAUCACCUGAGCUCUGAAGAUCUGGAGGAGAUCAAACAGGCCGUGGCCUACUUUCGCAGUCUCAAUAAACCUCUCGGUCACAUUGGCCCCGAUACCUUCCCUCUACCCAAACUUCACGAUAAGUUGCGGGAUAUCUCAAACGAAGUUCAUAAUGGCCAUGGAUUCAAGGUAGUUCGUGGUGUACCUGUUGAUGAGUACUCGCGAGAAGAUAACAUCAUUAUUUAUGCUGGCAUUUCUUCUCAUGUUGCAUCUGAACGCGGCCGUCAAAUUAUUGGUAGGCCAUCUCAAAUGGUACUCAUCCACGUCAAAGAUCUUAUGAGCGCAUCGGAAAAGAAGAAGAUCGGCGUUGCCACGUACACUUCUGAUCAACUGAUUUUCCAUACGGACAUUGGAGACGUAAUAUCUCUGCUAUGUCUUGACACAGCUGCCGAGGGAGGCUGCAGUCAACUGGCAAGUAGCUGGCAUGUCUACAAUGAGCUGGCGGCCACAAGGCCUGACUUGAUCAAGACAAUGACGGAAGACUGGCCCCAUGACACAUUCGGUGCUACACCGGAGGGCUAUACAAUGCGACCAAUCCUCCACCAUCAACCUGCAACCAAUUCUACUCCUGAAAGAGUUGUAAUCAAUUGCAUGCGCCGCGAAUUUACCGGGGUUCUCGCCACACCAAGAUCAAAGACAAUUCCCCCAAUCACCGAGGCACAAGCCGAAGCUUUAGACGCCAUUCAUUUCUUGGCAGAGAAGUACCAACUCCGUCUUGACUUCCAAAAAGGUGAUAUUCAAUAUGUGAAUAAUUUCAGCAUCCUUCAUGCUCGAGAGUCAUUCAGAGACACACCAGAGCAGCAACGCCAUCUUUUAAGACUCUGGCUACGUGACCCCGAGCAUGCAUGGGAGAUACCAGGUCCAUUGAAGUUACGAAUUGGAAAGGUUUACAACAACCUGGACAAAGACACACAGGAGUUCCCAUUGGAGGCCGAAGUCGAGAGCUGUAAGCCUCGCGGCUAG